AUGGGUGACUUGUGUAGAUUCUGUGAGGAGUUGGGUUAUGGUGGAGUCAAAAGGUCUUACAGGUUUGACUCCUUCAAAAAGUUUAGGGAGUUAACCAUGGAAACAGAUUUGUUAUUGGCUAUUGAUAGGCAUAAGAAGAGAGAAGUCCAUAUAUGGUUAGAUGCUGAGAAAACAUGGAAUAUGAGUGUAAGUGAUGGGGGUGUUCCUGUAGGUGAUGGAGGUGUUGCUGUAGGUGAUGGAGGCGUUGCUUUAGGUGAUGGGGGUGUUCCUGUAGGUGAUGGUGAUAAGAGUGUGCCUGUAGGUGAUGGAGAUAGGAGUGUGCUUGAGGAUGAGGGUGACCAAUGUGAGGAUGAAGACUUUUGUGCAAGUAUGAACACUGACAGUGGUUUUGAUGAUAUCCUUUUUGAAGAAUAUGUUGAGGCAGAAGAGUGUGGGCAUAAUCAAAGAACUUGUGAGUGGAAGAAGCUAGCUGAAAGUGGACUUCAAGAUGGUGCCUUUGACAUGGGAGCUGAAGCUGAGGAGUUGACUCAAGGAGAUGAGUUCCCACUUGCAUCCCUCUUUUCUGAAAGUCAGCCUCAAUCCCAGCCUCAAUCCCAAAUGAAUUGUAGGAGAUCCACCAUUCAGUCCAGGAACCCAAUUGCAUUCACUUAUCUUUGUUUUAGCACCAUUUCUGACAGUGAUCUGGAACUGUUUCUGCAGAAUAGAUGGUUGGAGAUGAAGAAUUGA